AUGAUUCAUCUUUUUGUGGAUGGGGAUUAUUUUCUCACCGGCGUGGCGCCCACCUCAGAGGCGGCCGUGCGUGGAGGCGUGGACAACAUGCUGAGAGCCGUCGAGGCCCAGCUGUUUGCCCCGGCGACCGCGGCGGCGGUGGAGCAGCGCGUAGUGUUCUUCUCCUCCUCCGUGCUGAAGGCGCUGGAGGGGGAGCAGUCACGGCGUGAAGUGCUCAUCACCGCACUGCGUCGCCUCCACUUCCAGACGAUUGUGCUCGACAACAUUCCAAGCCGCGCGGGAUCGCCCGUUGAUGCCGCCAUCUGCACCAGGACAAUGUCACUUCUUGCAAAAGCCCACGGAAGCCGCGGCAACAGUGCUGGCGAGGGAGGCGGCGGAGGCAGGAAGUUUCUGACGCUUGUGUACUUUGCAGCGAAUGCCUACAUAGCCUCCGCGCUGGAGCUGGCGCAUGACGCCGGUUGCGGGGUCUGUUUUCUCGUUUACGACGGCGACAGUGUGGCGGACGAGCUGAUGGCGUACGUGAGUCCCACGUACGGUAGCGGCGGUGGCAUUGCAACAGUGACAAAAGGCGAAGGGAUCAACUUUAUCCCAAACACGGAGGCCGCAAGUGCCGCCUUGGCAGCGUUGCAGAAUGAAGGAAAGGAACUCCCCCUAUCCGUUCUGAUGCAACUGAAACAGCUGCAGCAGCGGCUGACGGGCGUGGAUGCUCUGAUGCCGAGCACCAGGAGUACCAACCUCAAGCCUGGGGCGCAGUCUUCAGCAUCGUCGACGCCUUCUGCGGCGGUGGGCGGGGCGUCCGCAUUGCCUUCGGUGGAGGCUUCCUCCCAUGUGCACCCGCCGCCCAUUGCGGGCGGCCCCAACCCUUUUCUCCCAGGCGACGACACUGCGGGGGAAAAAAACAGCCCCGCGAACUCCACAGCGGCUACUGCACCCGUGCCCAGCAGCGCGGAGGAGCGGGAGGUGGACAAACUGACGCUUGGCACCACGAAGGCCCCGGUGGAGGAUGCGAAGAAGACGGCCCCUGUCGUAACUGCGGCCGACGCCGUGCCACAAACGAGUCCCACCGUCGCCACCGCUGCCCCAGCUGCGGAGAAGCCAGCAGGGCCAGCAACCCCGCCCGCGAGUGUGGUAGUGCACGCGGUGCCCCCGUUUCCGCCCACGCCCGCUGCAGUGACCAACGUUCAGCCGAGCACGACGAGAACUUCUGAGUUUCCGGAGCCCGACGUGUCGACGCGCCUCCCGGCCGGUUGGAGCCUCAUGUACGACCGGCAGCGACGCCGUCACUACUUUGUUCACGCAGACGCUGGCGGUAUUCUGCAAACCACCUGGCUCCAUCCAGGCGGUUUAGAAGAUCAGGUGGACUUGGAGCGCCAGGUGGAGGAGUGGUACCGGAAGCAGCGAGAGCGGUGUCAAGCUGGAGCAGCCGGAACUGCACCGCAAGCGCACGCGACUUCAUCACCGUCAACAGCAGCGGCAGGAGUGGUCGGAGGGGGAGGGGCGGCGGCAGCAGCGGAUUGGGACGAGUGUGUCGACCCCGCGAGCGGACGCAGGUACUAUGUGAACCGACGAACGAAGCAGACAUCGUGGACAGUGCCAACAGCAGUCGCGUGUGCCACCGGCGGUAACUCUGCCGCCGCGGCGACGGAGGCGAACUCAGCGCCGAUGACCAUCGCACCAGACACCAACGCGCUGCCGCCAUUCUGGGAGGAACGUUUGGACCCAAAAUCGGGACGCAAGUUUUACGUCAACCAUCAAACACGUGAAACAACCUGGACACGCCCGCCACCACCAACACCGGCUGUGGCACCGCAACCCGCACAGCAGCCGCAUAUGGGGGCGCCGUUGCACGGUGAUGCCCACACUCUCGGCCUCAGCGCACUGCCGCCUUUCUGGGAGGAACGGGUGGACCCAAAAUCGGGACGCAAGUUUUACGUCAAUCAUCAAACACGUGAAACAACAUGGACACGGCCAUAA